AGUGCUCUAUAAUUAACCCUAAUUCACAUGAGUCAUCCUGCAAUGUCAGGCGAACUUAUGCAGGAAAUGAAGAGCCCAAUCAUAAGAGGGUGGUUCCAGAACCAUAUAAAAGGCCCUCGUCUUGGCACUGUUCACUAUCAUAACUGCAGAUCUCCUUCACAGACGAUUACCAGCCUAUUGGGUCUUGUCCAUACUCCCAGGAGAUGUAUCCGCCCCAGAAUAGAGAUGGUCAAGAUUCCUGUGAUGAUUAUGGAGCACCAGUGUCUUCUGAGCCAUCGUGGGACCCCUGUCACUCUGUGAGCUCGGGCUCCGCGGUGGACUACUGUGGUACAUCAUCACAGCAAUACUAUCCCCCUGCACAACAGUAUUGCCCUCCUGAACAAAAGUACUGCCCUCCUGCACAAAAAUACUGCCCACCUCAGCAAAAAUACUGUCCUCCUGCACAAAAGUACUGCCCUCCUCAGCAAAAAUACUGCCCGCCUCAGCAAAAAUACCGCCCUCCUCAGCAAAAGUACUGCCCUCCUCAGCAAAAAUACUGCCCGCCUCAGCAGAAAUAUUGCCCUCCCGCCCAGAAAUACUGCCCUCCUGCGCAAAAGUACUGUCCUCCCGUUCAAAAGUACUGCCCUCCAGUCCCAAAAUGCUGCCCGCCUCAGCAAAAAUAUUGCCCUCCUGUGCAACAAUGCUGCCCUCCGGUUCAGAAAUGCUACCCACCCAAGCAGCAGAAGUAUUGCCCUCCCGUGCAGCAGUACUGCCCUCCCAUCCAACGGUACUGCCCUCCCGUCCAGACAUGCUGCCCACCGCCUCAGCAGACCUACACACCGGUUGGAGAGCCCGAGAUCUGCCAGAUACAACAAGUCUGCCAAGCGCCACCGCAUCUUCUGAAGAAGUAGCUACGAAUAUAGAUAAAGGAAAAUGGGCUCACUGGGACAUUUUUCAUCUGCCUAGAAAUGUUGUUCCUUUCCUUCCUUCUUGUGGUCCACACAACACCUGUGCCCUGUAAGGCAGGGCAUUAACCACCUCUGUGGUUAAUUCACGGCAGUUUAAAUACAGCACACAGUGUUCUGUGCGCUUCCCUAGUAAGGAUUAUUCAUUUGCUCCCCAUGUGUAAGGCCAAAUUACUGCUAAUGCUUCCUGCGCAUCUAGCUGCAUCUUAAGAAAUUGGUCGUUUUGCUUGACCCAACUCCACCUUCCUGGAGAAUUUGGCUGCUUUCAAGCCCAGCGGUCUGUCAGAAAUGUGGGAAGACCUUUCGAUUUAAUUCAGCUUUGACCCGCUGAGAUUGAGCCAGUCUGAUGGCAUUUGCUCAAGGCAGGCCCGUCUUACCAAUAGAGGCUAGUGGCGCGGGGCACUAGGGUGCCAAGUUCUGGAGGGCGCCAGGCGAGAGUUCGGGGAACACCGAAUGAGCGCGCUGAGUGAGCAAGGGUGUGUGCGCCACUCCCGCCGAGCACCGGCUCAGUUUUUUCCCAAUUUAGCCUUCAGAUGCAGAAUUCUGCGGGGCAGAGGGCUAAAAGGAGGGAAACCGAACUGACGCUCAGCGGGAGCAGCGCACGUGCCCUCGUUCGCUCAGCGCAGGUGUGCUGCCUGGUGUAGCCACGGUGGCAUGAAGUGUCCAGCUGAGCCGGGAGGCUCCGCGUCCAGCCUCCGCCUCUUCCCCGCCAGAGGAGCCGCCCUCCAGCUGCUGCCCGCCUCCUCCAGCCCUAAAAAAAGGCCGACAACUCUGGGAAAGGGGGGAUGGACACCGGAGGGAUCUUUGCACUACGGCACCGGGUAUGCUUAAGAUGGCCCUGGCUCAAGGCCACACUGAAGUAUGGGACUCAACAGUAGCAUGCUUUCAGUGGACUAGGGAGAAUAGACCACUCCCCUAUAGGGUCCAGGAGCCCUCCCACCACCUUCCCAAAACCCACCCAGCUUUGGGAAGGAGGCAGCAGGGCUCAAUAAUCCUGUCAGAGGCCUGCUGCCUCCUUCCCAGAACCCAGGAAGCUUCUGCCUGGCUUAGGGAGGGAGGCGCAAUUGUCACACAUGCAACGUCACACACACACACCACACCACACCAUCACACUUACAAGCUGGCCUUGUUCCCCUAUGAAAAAUUUCACUGUAUGCCAAUGGGACUCAUAGUGCAUAAGCUACUCCACACACUGAAGCAUGGGUUUCAUAGUCUUUACGAAAUAACGUAUUCUUGCUCAUGGGAAAUGUUAAUGUUUGCUGUGUUUUGUUGAAAGCUGCUAUUUAUUGGAGAUAUAUUAUUGGUGCUGGUAUUUAUUGGAGAUCUUUUGUGUGGACUCAUUUAAUUUGCUGUUACUAUCCUCAUCCUUUGGACAAGUAUGCAUGCAACAAAAUAAAAGCAUUUCCAAAAAUAAAUCCAU